UAACAACCCACACCAAUGGAACAAUCUGCCUCCUCCACUCUCACCGGACUUCUCCGCCGGGCAGCCGAUACCUUCCCCUCGCGUCGCGCCAUCUCUGUCGCCGGCAAGUUUGAUCUCACCCACUCCCGCCUCCAACAUCUCGUCGAUAUCGCAGCCAACCGCCUCAUCUCUGCUGGCAUCAAGCCCGGCGAUGUCGUGGCUCUCACCUUCCCCAACACCGUCGAGCCCGAACAAGCCGAUAAUGAAGCAGCCGAAGCCGAAUUCACCCUCUCCCUCAGCCACCGUCCUGACUCGGACUCUAACUCGGACCACGACUCGCUCUCCGGACUCACCAACGAUCCUUCCGACGUGGCGCUCUUCCUCCACACCUCCGGCACCACGAGCCGCCCCAAGGGCGUGCCGCUGACUCAGCACAACCUCUUUUCCUCCGUUCGCAACAUCCAAUCGGUGUACCGACUCACUGAGUCAGACUCGACGGUGAUCGUGCUCCCUCUCUUCCACGUCCACGGCUUAAUCUGCGGAUUACUCAGCUCUAUCGGCGCCGGAGCAGCCGUAGCCUUGCCGGCGGCGGGGAGAUUCUCCGCGUCGACGUUCUGGAAAGACAUGAUCAAGUACAACGCCACGUGGUACACCGCGGUUCCAACGAUACACCAGAUCGUACUUGAUCGCCACCAGAACAACCCCGAACCGGUUUACCCGAAGCUCCGGUUUAUUCGUAGCUGCAGCGCGUCGCUGGCACCGGCUAUUCUGGGUCGGUUGGAGGAGGCUUUCGGUGCACCGGUUUUGGAGGCUUAUGCGAUGACGGAAGCCUCUCAUUUAAUGGCUUCGAAUCCGUUGCCGGAAGAUGGGCCCCACAAGGCCGGGUCCGUUGGAAAGCCCGUGGGGCAAGAGAUGCGCAUAUUGGAUGAAACGGGCCGGGUCUUGGAGGCUGAGGUUAACGGUGAGGUUUGUAUUAAGGGUCCCAAUGUGACGAAUGGUUAUAAGAAUAACCCAGAUGCUAAUACGGCGGCGUUUCAGUUUGAUUGGUUCCAUACCGGUGAUCUUGGUUACUUUGAUUCUGACGGCUAUUUGCAUAUUGUGGGUCGGAUCAAGGAGCUCAUUAACCGUGGAGGAGAGAAAAUAUCACCAAUAGAAGUGGAUGCUGUCCUCCUAUCUCAUCCUGAUAUUGCUCAGGCGGUUGCUUUCGGAGUUCCCGAUGACAAAUACGGCGAGGAGAUAAACUGUGCAAUCAUCCCAAGAGAAGGGUCAAACAUUGAUGAGGAAGAGGUGCUGAGAUUUAGCAAGAAGAAUCUUGCAUCUUUCAAAGUCCCCAAGAAGGUCUUCAUCACUGAUUCAUUGCCCAAGACAGCCACUGGCAAGAUUCUACGCCGCCUAGUAGCUGAACAUUUUGUCUCUCAAAAAUGAUAUGCUUGCUGGAGUGCCUCACCUUAAACCUUUCCUACCUGGCCAAUAAAGGGUUGGAGUCUAUAAUUAUUCAUAAAUGUUGACAAUGUUGGCAUUAUGAGGAACAAAAAAGAAACAUGCAAUUAGCAUUCAACAUUGUAAUUUUAUGAUUGUGAGGGGUUUACAGAUUACAACGCAACGUUUUUACAUGGGAUUAAUUUUGUGAUGAGAUAUAGAAUACUAAUAGUGUGUUGAUUUUGUAGGCAAAUUCUAAAACUUGAAUUUCUUAAUUCUAUACUUUGGAUAAGUGAAGAUAACACAUGUACCAGGAGAAUACGAAACAAGCAUCCGAGAAACAAUUAUAUAACUGUUA